AUGCAUUUCCCCACCAGCCGGGCCCUCCUCACAACCCUCCUCUUCGGAGCCGCCGCCACCACCACGCAAGCCCACGAACUCAAAGCCACGCACUUCACCGACAACCCGGCCGACCCGACCGACGACACCAGCACCUGCGGCGGCGACAUCAUCGGCGCCCCGGCCGGCGAGUUCACGGUGCAGGUCAGCGGCGACGGCACGACCCUGAGCGACUGCCAGACGCUAGGCCAGGACGCCAAGUGCGCGCUCUGGCAGCGCGUCAGCGACAACGUCGACGGCCUCACGCUGUGCGACAUGAUUGUGUACAGCGACGACGCCUGCGUGGACCAGUACUCGGGCGACUUCAGCAACACGAAGGACGUCACGUACCGGCUGAGCCAGGCGACGGCCGUCGUAAGUGGGUCUAAUCAGGCGACGACGUGGAAGUCGUUCAAUUUCAAGUGCGGUGACGGCGGGUUCCCGGCCGUGAAUUCUUCGGCGGCUGUGACGGCGAGGGCGGAGGCUACGGCGACUCCGUGGCAUUUCUGGGCUUGA